AAAAAAUGGCGGCAGAGGAGCAAGAAGGUUUUGUUUUUGGUGGCUCUCCCUGGAAAGAUGUGGAGGGUCCUUCACUAUAUUCGUCCCUGAAUGUACCGAGCUAUGCCUCUGGAGAAGAUGUGCGUAGUGCAUACCGUCGAAUGUGCAUUACUUUCCAUCCAGACAAGCACAACAAUGCUCCAGACAAAGAGCAAGCUCGAGUGCUAUUUGAGAACAUCAAGCAGGCAUAUGAUGUUCUGUCAAACCCUGAGAAGAGAUUCGUCUAUGACACUCAUGGAUGGAGAGGCUUGAGAGCAGAGAAGUCGGUUGGCCAAUCUGGAAGCACGCCAUGCUGUACUGCGCUGGAGGUUGAGGAGUUGCGUUCUAGAUUCAAUAGACAAUUAUGUGAGGAAAGAAAUCGAAUCCAAUGCAGUCCAAGCUGCAAUGUGGCCAUGGCUGUGAAUGCCAAGCCUCUGCUUCUGCAGAGCAGCGACAAGAGGAAAGGGUCUCCGCCGUACUUCACCAUCCAGAAGUUAGCAAUGAGUCAAGCGUUUAAAUUCGGCCUCACUGCACGCGACACGUUACGCUGCCAGGUGGCGCUGCAGACGACCAAGACUGGCAAAACGUUUGGAAGUGUUGUAGGCACGUAUCGGCACGUGUUCAAAAGUGGAUCAUGUGUGCAGGGCAGUGUUGGACUGGGUAGCAUGCAUCAUGCAGAGCUGGAGUAUCACAUGCUCUUACCUGGCGACUUUCACUUCUCUGUGCACGGAACGCUGCGGCACGUUUACGGCGACUUCAACCGUAUGGCGUUCUCAAUAAUACCAACCGCCUCUGCUACUAUUGGCCGUCGUAUUGGCCCAUGUUCUGUGCAGAUGCGUUAUAGUUCUGAGGAUCCGCUCACGGAUAAGCCGGAGUGCUUGACCACCACGAUUUCUUGCAACUCAACUGCAGCGUCGUUUGAGUUGCGCAGCGGUGGACCGCCAGUGCUCAAACUACUCCAUCCUAUUCAGCUGGCGCCGUCGGCGGUCUUGGAGCCUAAGGCAUCACUCAGUGCAGAGAGUGUACGCUUGUCUUAUGCGUUGCGCUACGGUCUUAACGACCAUACGGAUAUCAGCUUGGGCGUGUAUGUUAAACUACCUGGAGCCGUUGGAUGCUUUCUGGCUGUGUCGUACCAGAACCAGGAUUUCGAAGUGCCCAUAGAGCUGGCUGACUCCCUUUCACCGACAGCACUAUUCUACGCACAUUUCUUGCCGCUUGUCACGGCCGGUAUCAUGCGUUACUGUGUUGUGAAGCCUCUCACUUAUCUCGUAUCGCGGGAACAGCGAGCAGAGGAUCGACAGCGGCAGCAAACCGCGACUAGUGUCAAGCGCAACGAAGCGGCAAUGUUUGUACGCCUGAUGGGUGCUACCUAUGACAAUUCCGUUGCGAGUGAGCAAGCUCGCGGUGGUCUCAUUGUACAGGAUGCUUGGUAUGGGGUCCUGGUCUCUCAUCGCUUACCUGGCUCAUCCACAGUCCGUGAUGCUGAUAUCGAAGUGGCUGAUGUGCAAGUAGCUACGCAGUGCCUCGUCAAGGACUCCAAACUUAUCAUUAAUUCCGAAUCCAAGUCCUCCUUGCCGGGAUUCUAUGAUCCAGCGCCGGGAUUGCGCAAGAGCCUACGUGUGCGCUAUGAGUUUCGCAGUCGAGUGCAUGAAGUAACGGUUGCUGAUAAUGAACCUCUGCAAGCGCCACGCCAGUCUCAUCUUGUACGCUAGAUGGUUUUGUUGAUGUAGCAGUGUCUAACGCUGCUGCUCUGAGGUUGAUCUAGUCACACUGUAUUUAUUGGCAAGAUACACCCACUGGUGAGUGACUGUGACUGUGACUGACUGUGUGUGCGUGUGUGUGUGUGUGUGUGUGUGUGUGUGUGUGUGUGUGUGUGUGUGUGUGUGUGUGUGUGUGUGCAGGCGUGCGUGCACGUAUGUAACAGGUUUGCGACAAUUGUCACAAAUGUUGCUUUUUUUCAUAUUUCGUGUUUAUGUUCUGGUCAUGCUGCAGGCUGGUACCUGUUGCAGGCUGGUACCUGUUGCUCAUUUUCCCCAACUUCAUGUAACUCUUCUUUUUCUGCCAGUUGCUGAUAUGAUCAUGGUCAUCCAUGCUGAGCUGCAACUUCUACGUCUGGCAUUUUCCAGAUGUUUUAUCAUGCUGUUUUAACCCAUCUAGCCUGCCUUCAGGACAAUACAUGCGAGAGCAAAACAGUAAUACCUAUUGAGUAUCGAUUCACCCUAUGUUGCAGUACUACUCUAUGGGAUCUUUUAUUUUGAUUGUGUUGCUGUUGCUAUCGUCACUCCGUAACAGUUGAGCUGCAACACCGAUGUGAUGAGGAUACGGUCGAUACCGCUAGUACUAUUAUUCGGCUACUGUGUUAGCACUACAUGAUUAACACCGCAUUGGUAUUACAAUUCCCAAUCAUCAAA